AUGAACUGGGCUGGCCUCUACACGGUGCUGAGCGGGGUGAACCGCCACUCCACCGCCAUUGGGCGCAUCUGGCUCUCCGUCAUCUUCAUCUUCCGGAUAAUGGUGCUGGUGGUGGCAGCUGAGAGCGUCUGGGGGGAUGAGAAAUCCAAAUCCGCCUUCACCUGCAACACCCAGCAGCCUGGCUGCAACAGCGUCUGCUACGACCACUUCUUCCCCAUCUCCCACAUUCGUCUGUGGGCCCUGCAGCUCAUCCUCGUCACCACGCCAGCCCUCCUCGUGGCCAUGCACGUGGCCUACCAGCAGCACCAGGAGAAGAAGCUGCUGGUGCUGACGGGGCACGGGGACCCCAAGCACAUGGAGGAGGUGAAGAAGCACAAGAUGCGCAUAUCGGGUUCGCUGUGGUGGACGUACGUCUGCAGCGUGGUCUUCAGGCUGCUCUUCGAGGCUGUGUUCAUGUACAUCUUCUACAUGCUCUACCCGGGCUACCAGAUGGUGCGGCUGGUCAAGUGCGAGGCCUACCCCUGCCCCAACACUGUCGACUGCUUCAUCUCCCGGCCCACCGAGAAGACCAUCUUCACCGUCUUCAUGCUGGUCACCUCCAGCAUCUGCAUCGUCCUCAACAUGGCAGAGCUGGUCUACCUGGUGGUGCGGGCCUGUGCCCGCCGAGGCCAGCACAACUCCAACCCCUCAUCAGGGAAAGGUUCCUUCUAUGGGCACAAGCUCUCCUCCGAGUACAAGCAGAACGAGAUCAACCUGCUAACGGAGCAGGAUGGCUCCCUCAAGGACAUGCUGCGCCGCAACCCUGGGCUACAGGAGAAGGGCGACCGCUGCUCUGCCUGCUAG